CGGAAUUCAAACCAGUCCACUCUACCAUCAGGGCGUUCUUUUGCCAUCCCGCAAGCCUCCAUACACCAUGAGCAACGCAACGUCUAUCAAACCUACGAGCUCCGAGCUCUUGGACACUGUUCCCAACACUUCACCUCAAUCCUCCCACCAAUCGUCUCUUUUUUCUCGCUUUAAGAAGCACAUCCACGACUUGAAGAAGGAAUGGGGCCCUUGCAUGGCUGCCAAGGAACACUGGCAAGACGAGUACACCUUCGCACCUGGCAGAUAUGCUGGUCAGGGACACAAACGAGAAAUUUGAAAGCUCGAACGGCAAACAUACCGCCACCUGGAUUGAUUCGGGCGCUAUACGGUACAAUGAGAUGGAAUCGGUUAACUUAUAAUUAAUGACUGCAAAGACCUUAAUGAAUAAUGUAAU